GCGGUGAGGCGGGGGUGCGUACUUCCGGCUGCCGGCUUGACAUGCAGAAGCCGCUGCUGGGGAGCUUGGGGCUGCGGUGGUGGCGGGUGACGGGCUUCGGGACGCGGAGCGACGCGGCCUAGCGCGGCGGACGGCCGUGGGAACUCGGGCAGCCGACCCGUCCCGCCAUGGAGAUGGAGAAGGAGUUCGAGGAGAUCGACAAGGCUGGGAACUGGGCGGCUAUUUACCAGGAUAUUCGACAUGAAGCCAGUGACUUCCCAUGCAAAGUAGCGAAACUUCCUAAGAACAAAAACCGGAACAGGUACCGAGAUGUCAGCCCUUUUGACCACAGUCGGAUUAAAUUGCACCAGGAAGAUAAUGACUAUAUCAAUGCCAGCUUGAUAAAAAUGGAAGAAGCCCAGAGGAGCUAUAUUCUCACCCAGGGCCCUUUACCAAACACAUGUGGGCACUUCUGGGAGAUGGUGUGGGAGCAGAAGAGCAGGGGUGUGGUCAUGCUCAACCGCAUCAUGGAGAAAGGCUCGUUAAAAUGUGCCCAGUAUUGGCCACAGCAAGAAGAAAAGGAGAUGGUCUUUGACGACACAGGUUUGAAGUUGACACUAAUCUCUGAAGAUGUCAAGUCAUAUUACACAGUACGACAGUUGGAGUUGGAAAACCUGACUACCAAGGAGACUCGAGAGAUCCUGCAUUUCCACUACACCACAUGGCCUGACUUUGGAGUCCCCGAGUCACCUGCUUCUUUCCUCAAUUUCCUAUUCAAAGUCCGAGAGUCAGGCUCACUCAGCCUGGAGCAUGGCCCCAUUGUGGUCCACUGCAGCGCCGGCAUCGGGAGGUCAGGGACCUUCUGUCUGGCUGACACCUGCCUCUUACUGAUGGACAAGAGGAAAGACCCAUCUUCCGUGGACAUCAAGAAAGUACUGCUGGAGAUGCGCAGGUUCCGCAUGGGGCUCAUCCAGACGGCCGACCAGCUGCGCUUCUCCUACCUGGCUGUCAUCGAGGGCGCCAAGUUCAUCAUGGGUGACUCGUCAGUGCAGGAUCAGUGGAAGGAGCUCUCCCGGGAGGACCUGGACCUUCCACCCGAGUACGUGCCCCCACCUCCCCGGCCACCCAAACGCACACUGGAGCCUCACAACGGGAAGUGCAAGGAGCUCUUCUCCAGCCACCAGUGGGUGAGCGAGGAGACCUGUGGGGAUGAAGACAGCCUGGCCAGAGAGGAAGGCAGAGCCCAGUCAAGUGCCGUGCACAGCGUGAGCAGCAUGAGUCCAGACACUGAAGUUAGGAGACGGAUGGUGGGUGGAGGUCUUCAAAAUGCUCAGGCAUCUGUCCCCCCCAAGGAAGAGCUGUCCUCCACUGAGGAGGAACAAAAGGCACAUUGGCCAACUCACUGGAAGCCCUUCCUGGUCAAUGUGUGCAUGGCCACGGUCCUGGCGACCGGCGCGUACUUCUGCUACCGGGUAUGUUUUCACUGACAGACUGGGAGGCACUGCCACUGCCCAGCUUAGGAUGCGGUCUGCGGCGUCUGACCUGGUGUAGAGGGAACAACAACUCGCAAGCCUGCUCUGGAACUGGAAGGGCCAGCCCCAGGAGGGUAUCAGUGCACUGGGCUUUGAAGGAGCCCCUGGUCCCAUGAACAGAGUCUAAUCUCAGGGCCUUAACCUGUUCAGGAGAAGUAGAGGAAAUGCCAAAAACUCUUCUUGCUCUCACCUCACUCCUCCCCUUUCUCUGGUUCAUUUGUUUUUGGAAAAAAAAAAAAAAGAAUUGCAACACAUUGUUGUUUUUAACAUUUAUAAAGGCAGGUUUUUGUUAUUUCUGGAGAAAAAAAAAAAGAUGCUAGGCACUGGUGAGCUCCUCUCGUGCCCUUUGGCAUGUGAUCAGAUUCAUGAUUUCUAUUGGUUGCCAGUGGAAGAAUCCCGCUGGGCAGGACUGUAAGGUUCCUGCUGGCUUGGGCAGCCCCACUGUGCACCCGGAGGAGCGUGCAGGUGCCCUGGAGUCCCAUCCUGUUGUGAGGAGGGCAGCCACAUGGGCUGCCUCUGAACAGCAAGCCCGGCUCUGCUUCGCUCAGGUGUCCCCCGAGGUUCCAUCCUCCUCGGUCUCCUCCCUCUUUGUGACCGCCAUCUUGCAAAUGGCCCGGCCCUCGCCACCCCAUCCCUGUAAAUCCCUUAGGGCCUUGCCUCGGGGUCAGAGGUGGCUGCCAGCCUUAGUGCUGGGGUUUCCAUUUCAUUUGGAAAGCCAUUACUACUCUAUGUAGAAGCCACACCACCGAGGUGCAAGCAAGACUGGUAAAGGAGGAAGGAGCCCUGGUGUCAUGGAAGCCCCCCGGCAGGACCUGUACCCUCUGAAACACUGUUCCAGUGAGCGCUCUCGAAGGCAUCAGCUAGAUGAUUUUGCAGACUGCCAAGACUUCCUGAGUGGUGAUUUUCAGAGUCUGGACUCACAAAACACCACGGAGCGCUUACUGCGCUGCCUUCCAUGCUGGUAUGGCUGAGGCUGUGAGGAGGCCGGC